AGGGAUGUGCUGAGCCGGGGCCUGACGGAUCAGUGCCCGUUGCCGGGCAGUGACCUCCACGACAGCGUCCUCUGCGCCCUCACCCCGGACCUGGACUUCGAUGGGCGCCCCGAGGUGCUGCUGGGCACCUAUGGCCAGGAGCUGCUGUGUUACAAGUAUUCCCGGGGGGAAUUCCGCCUGCUCUGGUCCCGGCGCUUCCCGAGCCCGCUCCUCUCGCUGCUCUACACCGACCUCACGGGCGAUGGCUUGGCCGAGCUCGCCGUGGUGUGCGUGCGCGGGCUGCACGUGCUGCAG